AUGGCAGUUAAAGGAUUAGGUCAAAUCGAUCAAGAAUAUGAUGGUUCUUCAUUAAAGAUUGGUAUUGUCCAUGCUCGUUGGAACGCUUCUGUCAUCAAGGCUUUAGUUGAUGGUGCUAUCAAAAGACUAACAGAGUUGGGUGUCAAAGAAGAAAAUAUCUAUGUUGAAACUGUUCCAGGUUCAUUCGAAUUACCAUUCGGUACUAAAAAACUUGUCCAAAAAUUAGAGAAAACUGAAGGUGUUAAGUUAGAUGCUAUCAUUCCAAUCGGUACUCUUAUUAAAGGUUCAACCAUGCAUUUCGAAUAUAUUUGUGACUCAACUACACAUGCUUUAAUGAGAUUAAAUGAAGAAUUAGAUAUCCCUGUUAUUUAUGGUGUCUUGACAUGUUUGACCGAUGAACAAGCUGAACAAAGAGCAGGUUUGAAACCUGGUUUACAUAACCAUGGUGAAGAUUGGGGUGCAGCAGCAGUUGAAAUGGCUACAAAAUUCGUUAAAUUUUAA